AUGCCGGGACGAAGAUUUGAAACGUACAUAUUUGGAUUGUUUAAUGAGAACUUAAAACCCGGUUCUGCAGCGGAGAGAAAUUUCGGGUUAUUUCGACCCGAUAUGACUCCUGUUUACAACAUUGGCCUCAUGCGUGGUGGAGGUAACAAUGGGGGGAAUGCAUUACCAGCACCAUCGGGAAACCAAUGGUGUGUGGCGAAACCGGGGGCCAGUGACGCCGGGCUAGGAUCAGCCUUAAAUUGGGCGUGUGGCCAACCCGGAAUAAAUUGUUCACCGGUUAACACCGGAGGACCCUGCUUCGAGCCCAACACAGUCAGUGCCCAUGCAUCCUAUGUCAUGAAUGCUUACUAUAAGGCCAAGGGUUCGCAGCCUCACAACUGCGACUUCUCUGGCACCGCGAUGAUCACUCACACCAACCCAAGUCAUGGAACAUGUCAUUAUUAA